CCCGGGGGAACUUCGGACUUGCACUCGUUCUCUGCCGGGGGAAGAAGGCCACAGAAGGUCGAGGGGGAGGGAGGGCGACGUCGAAUUGGGAGUCCGCUCGCUGCGGAGCAGGAGCAGCAGGAGCAGGAUGAUGGUGAUGAUGGCCUCGGAGAUUCUGUGACGGGUGACGAGGUCGGGCUGGGUCGGUGCCUCUCCUCUCCUCUCUGCUCCCACUUCCAAUCCGUGGCUCGGUUGAUUCUGGGCGAGGAGUUUUGAGGUGAGGCCGGAGAGAGGCGCACGAUUCUGGAAGGCAUUCUUCUUCCGUCAGCCAGCAGGCAGGCAGGAAGGCAGGCAACGACGGAGGUGGGUAGAAAGAGCAGGAAAUUCGAGGGGAGUGUGCACAGACCGACGGCGCUACCGAAGAGAUUGCAGUUGUUGAGGUCAUAAGGACGAAUCUGUUGAGGUGCUAUCUGCUGCCGGUGCUAGGUGAAAGGAUUCUUCGAGGUUACAGAUCAUAUUGCUGUGAGGCAGUGAGAAAGUUGUUUCAGGCCUGGAAGAGGAGGAGGGGGAGACUUGGCAAGGACACUUUUGAGGACAGUGGCAGAGUCUGUGAGGUCUUGAACUGUAGAUUCGAUCGCGGAAGUGGCAAUGUUGACGGACUCUGGUCACUGAAGCAGCUUCGAGACGGAGAUUUGAGGCUUUUCGGAAGAUCUGAGGAUUUCACAGAACAAUGUGGGUUGGUUUGAUCGUGGAUCUUAGAUGAAGAACUGGUGGAUGGUUGAAUGAGUUCCAGAAGUCACUCAGUUCUGGAACAGUAAAGUCUGGUGGCGUUUCGGGACUAUAAGAUUAAGAUCAGGAUUGAAAAUGUGGUCGACCUCUGGUGGUCAGGCUUGCAGCUGUAGUCAUCACUAGGAAGCAGAGCGAAGCUUCGAGACAGUUUCAGUCGGUUUUGGUGUUUUGGGCGAUCUAGGACAGGAUCAUCACAAAUUACAGUAGAUCAGAACACUCUUUAGCACCUAUGAUAUCUUAGCGGUGUAUCUCUCAUUUUUGAGUAGGUCAUGGCGGGUUCAGGAAGUCCCAUAUAUGUGCUGGUGAACCGUGACCUGCUCGAGGUGCAGCUGGCCGAUCUUCCAGAUGUCAUCGAUUUCGGUCAACAAGGUCUCCGAGUUACCAAGUCUCAAUUUGUCGGAGUGCGAUAUGUUGGUCCGGGUGUUGUGGUUGAGACACCAAAGCCUCCAUCUAGUCAUCAUCACGUGACAGAGGUUUUAAAAGGCAUAUUGGGUGGACGAAAACACUCGCCUGAGCAAGACAUCAACAGUGUCCACAGCGGGAUCCGGCCUCUUGUUGUUCCUGAGCUCUUGAUGGAUCAUCCAGACAGCCCUGUCAAGAAGAUACAAUGGAUCAAGACAACUUUUCAUGCUCGAAACGGGGAUUCAAAAUAUCAUAUGGAGCACAAUCAGAACACUGGGAGCAAAGAACAUCCCAUAAAGGGAGAAAAUGGACAAACUCCUAAAGAGUUUCGUGCGCCUUUGCACUUCUUUCAGGAAGCUGGCUACAAUACCUGGGAGCUGGUAUGGAAGGAGGGGAAAGCCGGUGGGCCUCUUAAAAAGCUGAAGUUUGUUACCACGGAAGCUGGAUAUCGAUACAUUCAGGACAAGCUGGAUGCUUGGGCUUCCGCGGCACACACAAGUGUGGCUAUGAAUGAAGCUGCUAGGGCUGCGCUGGACGCAUGCGGCGGCCAUCUGAAAGAAAAUCCUGGUCAUACAGAGAGGUCUAGUUCUUUCAAACGACGCAACAAACCCAUCAAUCACUUAGACCAGGCAGACACAAAUGGUGGUGAUAGUGAUAAACCAACAGUUCAGGUUCUCACGGAAGAUCAGUACAUAAUCAACUUGGAAACUCUUCAACUGCACGGGAGGUUGCAGCCUGUUUGUGACAGCAAGUCUCAAAUACUGGAGGACAGACACAUCAAGGCUCUGGCUGCUGUUUUACCUGUGAGAUUCCGGAGUUACAAGUGGACUUUGUUGUACAAUACAGACAGGGAUGGUAUUAGCUUGAAUACACUCUACAGAAAGGUGCAUCUGAAAGGCUCAACUCUACUGGUUAUUCGGGACAGACAGAAACAUGUGUUCGGGUGUUACGCCUCCGAAGAAUGGAAAGUAACUGCUCGCAUGUACGGAACAGGAGAAUGCUUUGUGUUUCAGAUUAGUCCGGGCAUGAAGGCUUACAAGUGGACCCAUGCGAAUAACAUGUUCAUGCAAUCAAAUCAGGAUUACCUUGCAAUUGGAGGAGGAGAUCAUUACAGCGUAAUGCUGGAUUCUGACCUUCUGACAGGCUGCAGUGGACCAUGCGUCACGUUUGGCAGCCCCUGUUUGGCUAGCUCAGAUAAUUUCGAAGUUUCAAUGGUGGAAGUUUGGGGAUUUCAAUGAAAAAAACGAGGUCUGAGCAGGAGCUACUUUUAGAAGUCGUCGAUUUUUUUUUCAGGAUGGAAUACAGGGACCCUCGUAACUGGCUUUGACAAUGUCAGCCAUCUUGAGAGACCGUGAUGAAAGCAGGUUCAUUAUCUGUCAAUUCUUUGUUGACGAAAGAAAGUCAAUGGUGUUUAGCGAUCUCCUUUCCAGAUUUUGCAAUUAGUGAUUCAUUUUUUGAAAGAACAGGUGUUUGACUCAACAGUGAUUCGAGGCCACCUUCAUGUUUUAGGAUACGAUUUUGUACAGCAGAAGUUGGGAGGUAUGAGCAGACAUGGAAUAGCAAGAAACACGAGACUGGUGUGCAAUAGCAUUUCCAUCGGAAUCCAUAGUAUAUGCGUUGGACCUGGCCAGUUAGCCAGAAGUGGGUAUGAACAUGUAAGGAUGAUAGUGAAUGUCUCAGAACUGCCGUAGUUCAGGCAUCUCUUCUGUCACAAAAUCCAAGCCUAUCAGGUUUAUGUUUAUGUCAGUGAGUCGAAAGUGUAUUAGACUGAAGGAUUUGAAAAGCUUCCAAGAAAUACGGGUGUCGUUGUA